CUGUCAAUUACAGCUGUCAAUCAACGCCCACACAGCAGACGUCAAAGUCUUCAAAUCUUAACGGAACAAAAUGACCACGAGCACACUUAUUAGAGGGCCUGAAUUUAGAGAUUGAGACUAAAAUGACUCAUUGAAAAAAAAAGAUUUACUUUGUAUUUCUAGAGAGAAGUUGAGGCUUUUUGAAUGGGAGUCAGUUUGAGCGCCUACUAGCCGUUGGUGGCGCUUUAAGCUACUUCAGCCUCAAGACGUGGUCGCUGCUGCUUGAAUAAGAAUAACAAGAACCGCAGAAACCUAAAUAGAAGUUUCAUCACUUUUUCUUUAUCUCUCUCAUCUCUCUCUCAACAAUAUUUCCAUCAGAUUAUAUCCGAUUAAGAUAUAUUUAAAAUAAUCUCUGUGGAAGGCGAAUUGCAUUACAGCAUCAGCAGGGAAUCAGUUAGAGCUAAAAAUAGCACAAAUGUCGAGUAUUGAUGAAACAGUUUGUCGAACGUGCAAAUGUACUGACUGCAACACCUAAUGAAUUAAUGUACAAACAAGGAUUAGGGCGGCGAUGCGACCCAGAAGUCAAUGAGAAGCAUCAGAUCAGGCUAAUGAGAUGGAGAGAUCGAACCAACGCUGAUAAAAAUUUCACAACCGCUAAUCUGUGACAGAUACGGUUGUGAAAGCUUGUUUGUGUGUGCCUGUGUGUGUGAAUACUAAAUCCUUAUCCCCUGAUUACUAUGCAGCUGCUGACUUUUCCACCCCGGCUUUGAAGUGCGUAGCUCCCGAGGAGAGAAGAGAGCACUUUGAUGUGAGCGUUAGAUUAGGAUAGAAAAAAAGAAAGAGAGACAGCGCUGCGGCGGCGAGAGCCUCGUUGUUACCGCUCAUUAACGAGAGAUAUGAGAGAUCCUGAAGAAGACGAACAAAGCGCUUUGUAGUUUUUUCUUUCUUCUUUUUUAGCAAUGAAUAAAAAUAAAAAAAAAGCGCCUGCUGUCUCUUUUAGUUCGUUGUAAGGUCACUCAUUAAUGUGGGUAAUUAGUUUCAGGGUGUGUGUGUGUCCUGGCCAUUUGCCUACAGAUUAUUAUUAUUAUAACACACAUCUGAAUGCUCUGUCCUCAGUCUUAAGAUUGAUUAACUCUGAAGCCUGCUGGAUCCAGGAGGAUUAUUCCUCUGUAGUAUUCACCCCAGAGGCCAUCGGCUUCCUGUCAGCGGUGGGCGUCUUCAUCGUGGCGCUGGCUGUCCUCUUCCUCUUCAUCAACAAGAAGCUGUGUUUUUCACGUGUUGGCGGACUGCCCUGUCUGGAGCCGCACAGUCGCCGCAGGAAAGGACGAGCGGGAAUCCGCCAGGGGCUCGUGAACAGUUACGGUGACGAUGGUGGCACCAGCUCCUCUGACAGCGAGGACGAGGUCCUGAAGCAGUUUGAGAUCUCCGUGUCACGCUCGCAGAGUUUCCGUAAAGCGGCGGCUAACGGCGGUGAACAGCAGUCUCAGACGACUCAGCUGGCGUUGAGCCGACGACACAAAUUCACCCGACUGUCGGACCAGGAGGAAGGCAGCACUGAGCCGUCAGACUGUGAAGACAUGGAGGCACAGAAGCAGCAGCGUUUCCUGGACCCGCUGUCUGCAGCAGCAGCAGCAGCAGAAGCAGCAGCAGCAGAGGAUGAGGGGGCAUUUGCAAACUCUCCGGACAAACCCGCAGGAGUCGAGGCGCCCCCAUCAGGCGCCAAGGACAGUCCCACACUCAGUAUAAGCCGGCAGGCCGCAGACGGCAGCGAGGAUGUGGAGACGGCCGCAGACAAAAAUGACCAGACAGACAGCUCCUCCGCCUGGAGCCCUGAGCAAGAGCAGCCUCCCCACGAUGACGUCGCGUCUCAGCCGAUAAGCUCUUCCCCUCGACCCCCCAUCUCCAAAUGCGGUGACCUGGUUCUCUCUCUGGAGUACCGUCCCGACUCGGAGAAGCUGCUGGUCUCUGUGGUCGCGGCCCGGGACAUUCCCGACAAGGCGCGCAGCGGGAUGGACUCCUGGCAGGUGCACAUGGUCCUGCUUCCCUCCAAGAAGCAACGCCACAAGACCUCGGUGCAGAAAGGUUCGCUGCCGCACUUCAACGAGACCUUUCGCUUCUCACGCCUGGAGCCAUCCGACCUGCAGAUAUCGGCCAUCAGGUUCCGGCUGUACGCUCUCGGAGGCAGGAUGUCCCGCGAGCGCAUGAUGGGGGAGAAGAUGCUGCGUUUAGGUGGGCUCGACCCGAACGGAGGGACGAUGGAGACGACGCUGGUUCUGGAGCCUCGCAGUAACCUCAAGAGUUUGGGCUCCCAGCUGAGCCUUUCUGCCGUGUCUCAGAGCGACAGCGCCUCCUCCACUCAGUCUCUGACCCACGGCGGCGUCCCCGAGCUGCUGGUGGGACUGUCCUACAACGCCACCACGGGACGCAUGUCUGUGGAGCUCAUCAAGGGCAGCCACUUCAGAAACCUGGCCAUCAACAGGCCACCAGACACCUACGGGCGUCUGUCGCUGCUGAACUCGGUCGGUCAGGAGAUCUCACGGUGCAAGACGUCGGUGCGUCGCGGCCAGCCCAACCCCGUGUACAAGGAGACCUUCGUCUUCCAGGUGGCGUUGUUCCAGCUGUCGGACGUCACGCUGCUGGUCUCCAUCUACAACCGGCGCAGCAUGAAGCGCAAAGAGAUGAUCGGCUGGAUCGCUCUGGGUCAGAACAGCAGCGGCGAGGAGGAGCAGCUCCACUGGCAGGACAUGAAGGAGAGUCGAGGACAGCAGGUCUGCCGCUGGCACGUCCUGCUGGAGGCGUAACGCUACCUGCCUGCCAGGAUUUCGUUUUUUUUUCUUUUUGAAGCAGAGGAGAGUUUAUUCUUUAGUUAGAAGGUCGGAAAGUACUGAUGAAAGCAACGACAGCCUUGAUUUGAUUCGCGGACAGGAAGACGAUGCACAAAGUUUCAAAGAUGAAGGAUUCUGACUUCUCUAAGCACACACUCCCCCUAAUGUCACAUCUGGAUGAACCCACAUAAAUAUCAGACCUGGCUGUUUGUGUUAAGAUGAAGAAUAACACAAUCUGCUCUCGGAGGCCGACAGAAGUGGAAGCAGAUGAAGAUUAUUAAUUUCUUAUUUCUGUCGUGUAAACUUGAAGGUUUCCUGCAGAAAUGCUCUCGUCCUUCUCAAUAAAAAAGAAAAGCUUUGUAGAAUAUACAACGGCCUUCGAGAGGAGCGGAGAAUUUGUCCUUCAUUCAAUGUCCUCUGGGUUUUUGUUAAAGCAGCUCAGUUGUAGGACGAGAAGGCUGCAGAUUUUUUCUUUCUAGUGACAUGCUGUGUUAGAAAGUACACGCAAAUCACAGAUGUGUGUGUGUGUGUGUGUGUGUGUGUGUGUGUGACAGAAGGCGCUUGUUAUUUCAAAAUCUUGCUUUUACUGGCUGGCAAAUCAGUAAUGAUGGAAGAAGCACUCACAUCCUUCACUUAAAUAAAAAUAUCAAUAUCACGAUGUUAAAAUACUUCAUUACAAGUAAAAGUUAAGUACAGAAGUAUUAGCAGCUAAAUUCACUUAAAGUACUAAAGUUAAAGUACUGCAGAAAAUCAGACUGAUAUAUUAAAUACAUUUAACAAAGUACAUUAUUAAUACCGAUGAGUCGAUGCAUGAGCAGCAUUUUAAUGUUGCGGCUGUUCGAGGUGGAGAUAGUUUGAACUAUGUGAGAGUCAUAAGAUAAAUCUGAAGUGGUUGAGAGACGAUAGACGGUUUUGCUACAUAAGUCAGAUACAUAUUUCAGAACUUUUCUUUCAUCUUUGCAUGAGUUUUACCUCUUUGGGCCUCAAACAGUUAUGUAUUUGAAACCAUGUGAGGGGGGAAAUGUCUCUUUGACGGAACUGCAAACAGCUCAAAGACAUCAUGAAACAUGAGAAAGAAACAGCUUGUUGGCCUUCUUGUAAAGGCCAACAAGCCAAAAAGUUUGUGAACCACUGGUUUAAUCUUUAACAAUACAGUGUAUUAUUUCACUCUGACAUAUAGUCGAGCGGAAGUAUAAGGUAGCAUAAAAUACAAGCACCUCAAAAUGUACUUUCCACCAGAGCAAAUUAGUACAGAUGCAAACAAAAACAUUCAUCAAAAUCAAGUGAAUCUUUACAUGUCAUCAAGUGCAAAUGAUGGAAAAAGUCAAUGUAAAGUUUCCAUCAGUUAAUUCUCUCACUAAUGGAAGGACGAUGAAGGGUGAAGUCAGCGUUCCCGUUAAUGAAGGAUCAUGUGACGGAGAGACGCUGGCAAAAAGAAACACACACAGAAAGAGCAGAAGAUAUUUUAUGGUUGCAGUGUAGGAGGAAGGCGUCUCAUUCAUAUUCAGCCCUCAUUCAUAUUCUCCUGACACACACACACACGUGCUACUACAGGCAGGAAGACAAGCAGCUGGAGACUCUCAACCCCCUUUGGGAUGAGAGCAUCUUCCCCCUCCUCCUCCUCUGCCUCAUCCUCACUGAAUGGUGUUAUUUGGCUUCGGUUCGCUCUCCUUCACAGGGCAAAGCUCAUUUCAUCACCCAUCAACGCUGAGCUGAAAAGAGGCUUUAAAUAUCUCACUGCAGCUGUUAAUAACAUGCAACGAAUUACCCUGCAAGUGUGUGUGUGUGUUUUUUUUUUUUCUCCCACAGUCUCUCUCUCUCUCUCUCUGCAUCUCUGUGGUAAUUGGUACUGUAGUUACAGCUGUAGGAUCGUGCAGCGAGAUGACGGUAAUGCCGCUGUUAAUGCUCAUCCUCUUCCCGUCUGAGCAUCAUCGAGUCAUAAGGCAGCGGUUCAGCCCCCAGGGGGGGGAUUAUAUUUGUUUGUGUAGACAGAUACUGUAGCUUCAAAAAAAAAAAACCCUCAGGGGUUCACACACCGAGAGCAGAGAUGUGUUAAUCAGAGUUUCCUUUGGGCAGGUGACAACAAAGCCUGUUGAGAAACCUUGAACUGCAGCUCUGUUUGAAAAUGUAAGAAACUGACUCAGAAAGCAACAAAAAAUUUCACACACAGUCGAUCUCUUGUACUCACUUUAGAGCUGCAACGAUUGGUUGCCAACUUCACCAACUUCGCUGUUUUGAGUCCAAAAAAUAAAGUCCAAAUUAUCUGGUUCCAGCUUCUCAAAUGUGAAUAUUUUCUACUUUCUUUAGUCCUUUAUGACAGUAAACUGAAUAUCUUUGUGUUGUGGACAAUUAAUCGAUAAUGAAAGUAAUAAUUAGUUGUGGUCUUACUCACAUUAUGAUGUUUCGGUCAUGGCUCAUAAUGACGAUGAAGUUCUGAGGACCGAAACAUCGUUAAUAAAGUGAGUACAAGUGAUCGACAGUUUGCAGGAUGUUUGUGGUGUUUUCACAGUUAGAGCUCGUGAUCCGAUGCACCCGCCCAUAAGACCUGUACCUGCAAGAAAAUGACUCAACAGUGUAAGGUUUCAUUGGGAUAAUAUUACUUUUGGAAAGACAAGCAAAACAAAUUCAAAUUCUUAAUGUGUCUUAAAGAGUCAGUUAAAAACCAAAAAACAUUUUCCAACCAUGAAGGUUUUCAGGCUUCGAAUCAUAAUAACAACACAGGAUGGAAACACAGAGAUCUCUAAAGAUGUUGCUCAUAUUGAAUGAAAACACAGAGCUGUUAAUGUUAACAAAAGAGAGAGAGGCAGCGUUACAUUGCGUUAAUCACAGCACAGUGAAGGCCACGACAUGUAAAACACUCAUCCAGUAAUAUUAAAACAAGCUCAUUAGAGAUUAUAAUGCAUCUUUUAACUAUUCAGAUUGUAAGACAGUCGACCAUCGUCUGAUCAUCCAGCAGCUGGAUCGUUUGGGCAAUUAAUGAGGCGCCACAACUCUACUCAAACGACAUCAAACUUAGUAUAAUUCAGCUUUAGACCAUUAAAUCUGCUCCUCUGAGGUUAAAGAAAUAUCACAGUUAUGGUCAAAAUGAACCAAUAUUGACUAUUGAUGGGAGACAUGAUGCAAACUUUGGUUCCUAAAGUCCAUUAUUCACAUGACCACAAGAGGAAGCUUGUCAGGAAAACUUAAUUAAAGCUCAUUUGACCUAAAAGUUCCCAUCACAAGAUCCACUUACUCGGUGUUUCCAGAGCUUUCAGCCACAUCUUAUCUUCAGCAUAUGAAAUUAUAGGUUGUUUUAGGUGUGUGAACAAAUCAUCAAGGCUGUAUUCUUCUGUUGAGGACUGUCUGUGUUCUGGAUAAUCUACAAACCAUUUUCUCUUGUUUCAGCAUGUCAGUGAAGCGAUAUGAUGCUAUGUUGAAUGAAAUAUUUACACCCAAGAAGCCAUGUUUUUUUUUUUUUGUGACUGUAUCUUUCCAUCAAAGGGACAUAUUCUAGAUGUCUCAUGCAUCAUUUUAUACACUUUCCCCCCCAAAAUUCAACCUGACAUCACUGGAAACCUUAAGAGAAUAAAUAAUACAGUUGUGUAAAUUUGUACAAAGUUUUGCCAAACAAUAUAAAAGUUGUACCUACUGGCAGGUACAGCAGAGAAGGUGAAAUACAACAAUGAGCACAAAAAGUUACACAACUAUUUUUGGAUGUACGUACAGAUUUGUCUCAGUAAAAUUAACUAUUUUUCAAGAAUAUAUAACACUUCAAGCACAUAUAAUAUGUACAAGAUGUCAUUCUAUUUAUUGUCCAUGAAGAAAAAACUCAGUGAAUCAAGUUUAAUUUAAUGUUUAGCUGUUUUUUGAAUAGUUUCCACCAACCUUCAGACUUUUUUGGUUUGAGUCAGACAUUUGUGUCAGUUUUUCUUUGGUUGGACAAACAAAAGGUCACAGAUGAAAACAUGUUUGAGCGUCUGAACUACAUCAGAACCACUUCUCUGUGCUCCGCUGAGACCUGACUGAACUGAAAUGAUUUAUUAUGUCUUAAGUGAUUCAGGGGAAGCUUUUAUGACUGAAGACUGAAAUUAAAAGGUUUUCUUGAUACUUGAUAUUUCUCGAAGGGCACAACUGAAUGGAUUCAUUCUGUAUCUGUUAAAAAAGCAGAAAACUUGACAAGCUGUUAAGUGUUGUAUCAUGUUUAAACUGCAGAUAUGUGAUGACGACUACUUCAGGUAUAAAUUAAGGCCGAUGAAGAAUAGGAGUGCUGCGACUAGCUUGAUGUUUUGUAAAAAUCGGCUGACACAUCUGGGGUUUCCUGGAUCAUCUCUAUUUUUUAUUUAAUUGUUAAUAUUAUUAAUUUUUCUAUAUUAACUCUCUCCAAAGACCAGAGUUUAGCCCCCAUUCAUUUUUCCCAUAGACAACGUCACGUGACUCACAGUUUGAGCUCUUCUGUAGCUCUGAUUAGCAUGAAAAUCUCCCGUUUAAAUCAUCAUUACAAAAGAUGCAACAACUGCGUUAAAUAAAAAGCCAAACGCACAAAAAAAUUUCAGAAACAGCCAAUUACUGUGCUUAAAAUUCGGUCACAUGCGCCGCUAACAGCGAGCAGAAGCUAUAACGGUGUUGAGACUUUUCAUUUCUGAGUCACUUUUGAGUGAAUUCAGCAACUAUGGCGCCAAAUUUUGUUUACGGCUUCAGCGACGAAGCAUUUUGAAUUCAUUACGCUCUGAUUCACCCCUCUGACUGGCUUUUUCUCCAUGGCAACGGCGGCCGAGGCUCAUGGGUAUUAUUCUUAGUCAUCCAUCAAAAUCACGGACAAAACGUGUUUUUCUCAGAAACAAAGUUAAAAUAAUUGAAACCGGUGGUCAUAAUAUAAAUCUAUUGAAUCGCUACAUUAUCCAGGAGAGUCCUGAGUUUCUAUGUUCAGAUUAUUUACAGAAGUUUUUGAAACGGGAAUUUUUGAACAGAAUCAGGAAAAACACUUUUGGAACAGCGGCACCUCAGACUUCACACUCCUAUUACAAGAAAAGUUGUCUCAGCCUGUCACUGUGUUGGGAAAAGGAAACAAACCAGAGCAGCGUUGGAUGCGGGGAGAUGAGGAUGGAUGCUGGCGCUUCAUCAUCGCGCUUAUUCAGUCUCCUAGCAACAGGAAACAUCUGCCUCCGCGAGGACCAAUGAGGGCGCGCGCAGAGUGGUGUGUGUGUUGUCUGAUGUCGGUGUGAACGGGAUAUUUUAGGAGCGCUGAAGAGCAGCGAGCGUCUCACCCCCGGAGGAGCCGGAGCUGUCUGCCCGUCUGUCCGCCUGCCUGUCUGCGGGGAAAACCGACCGAGGCUCAGACUUCAGGCCGAGCUGGAGCGUCGCUGAAUCGGUGUGAGGACGGUAGAUGUCGCGCCGAGGAGCGGGAAGGUAUCACGGACAGGAGGACAUCAACAGACAGAAAGGCUUUAAGUGGGAUUUACUGUGAACUGCUGGACACGAUUAUUUAAAGGAGUCUGAGGGCGAUGUGGAGGCUCGGAUCAACUCAGACGCACUGAUUCAAACUCCGGUCAGAGAGCUGAACGCCGGCUGUGGACCAUCAGCAGCAGUAGCCCCGUCCUUGUGAGAGAGACCAAACCAUUCAACAACGUCGAAAGUUGCUUACUUCAAGAGGAAAUAUGCGGAGGAGGAGGAUUUGCAUGGAGGCCUACAAGGAUAUUUUCAAAAACACCUGAUACUGCAGGAGGACCGAAGCUGCAUCCUGAAGCUGUCCCUGGAGAAGCUGAGGUUCCUGGAGGACCCCGAGGCUUACCUGCGGCGCUCCGUCCUCAUCAACAACUUGCUGAGGAAGAUCCACCAUGAGGAGGAGGAGCUGGAGGCCGAGGAGGAGGAAGAGGAAGAAGACGAGGUAGAAGACGAGGAGGAAGAAGAGGAGGAGGUCAUAGGAGAGAGGGGGCAGCGGAGGCUGAUGUACUCAGACAGGAAGAGGGUGAAGGUGCUGGUGACGGACUGCUGCUCUCCAGCAUUCGGCCUGGAGGAGCUGCAGCAUUACCGUCUGGUGCCCUGUUACCCAUCUGCUGGCUGCCUGUACAGCCUGGGCACCUGCCCGGGCCUCGCCCCCAACCACCAGGUCCUUCUGUACAACCUGGACGACAACGGCUGACUCUCCAGACCUCGCCUCCGUUAAAAGCUGGGGACUGCAACGUCAGUUCACGCUACAGCCAUGUGGUUUGUUCAAAAUCACCAGGGAGGAAAGCUGCAGCUGUUUACCCUCGGUUUUCCACCAAAAAACCUUUGAGGGAGAUGUGUCAUGGGCUCUGUUUUGUACGUCAACAAGAUGUCGCCACCUCUCGCCAGCUUGCUAAGAGGCAGGGGUGGAUUUAAGAAGCUGAGAGACCCUGAUUCUUUUUCUGCCUCAGGAUCAAUAGGGUCUCUGACACUGAUGUCAAAGGUCACGAGCAAACUCUAUCGCAGCAUCACUGCCGUUUUACUAUACGUGCAAAUGUAAGAGACUCCGAGCAGGCAGUUAUUGUUGUGUUAUUGAUUUUUAUUGUUAUUGUUGCUCAUGUGAAGCGUGAGCGUAUUCAGGGAUUACAGACUGCAGGCUACUUUUGAUGCACCUUGGCUUGCGUGGAGAAUAUGCGCUGAUAUGCUUCUGUUAUCUUUUAUGCUACGGUGUGAUUUAUGAAAUAUUCUGUGUAACAUUCCCUGGACUGUGUGAAUUAUAAUGCUAUCUCUUUCUGAGAUGCAUUAACUGCCUGUGGGAAGACUGUUUCUUUCCCUCUCUGCAUUUGAUGUCCUGUAUUCAUUCAAUGUGCUGUAGUUAUUCUUUUAUUUUUGCAGCAUGUUGCUGCCCUCUGCUGGUGAAAGAAUUAACUUUGAAGCAUUUUGGCUGAUGUAUUGAAAUCUUACAAUGAAAAUGAAGGUGAAUGGAAAAGAUAAA